GCCGCAGCAGCUUUCGUCGCGGACUUCGUCAGACUGUUCUUCAAUCCAUCGCUGGUAGUCAGACCGCGCGACGACAAUGUACCUGUCAGUGUGUCUGGCUGUGGCAGCUUUGUGGGGUGGGGCCUGGGCCCAGUCAGGGUAUGACUACCCGGGUCCUUACGGACCUCGUCAGGAUCUGCUGAAAGCAAAGCGUGUUAUUAAUGAAGCAGAGAAGGUCGCUGACAUAGAAGGAGCUCUGAAGGAUAAACUAGACAUGUCUAAGGCACAGGCACUAGAGCUGCUGGCCGUGCUGGACAACAUCAGCAACAGCACCAUUUACGGCAUCAUCGUCAUCAACCAGAAACAGCGAGAUCGACUCGCCAAACUCUUUGCAAGGGUAGGGGUAGUUGUCACAAGGGUUAAGGCCAGCCUUGAACUGCUGACGACACUGGAAAACCGUUUGGCUGGCGCCGUGGUUCAGGAGGCGCUGAUCAAGGGUCAGACCGACGUCAUCGCGACAUCCAUCAGUGAGUCUCUGGCUCUCAACCGCCGUCAGAGGGCAGACCUAGCCGCCUUCGUCGUUGCCUUCAGAGAGGUCACACAGGAGCUUCAACAUCGACUCGCCGCCGACAGCAAGACUGCAGCUUCCAGUAUUGGCUCCCUUGCUGCCUCCAUCCGCUCCUUAGUCAAGUUCGUAAACACCAGGAAAUGCUUUACCAAGGCCGUUACUGUAGAGCUGAAGGGCGAGGACAGCGUGGACACCGAGAUUCCAAUACCCAAAGGUGUCUUUGCUGCUAAUGAUGUUGCACAGGUGUUCUGUGUCCUUCAAGGUUUGCAGCAGUCUGCUGAAGUCUCGCAAUCUGUUGCUGCUCCUGCCUAUGGACCGGGCGCAGGCUAUGGAACAGGGGCAGGCUAUGGAACAGGGGCAGGCUAUGGAACAGGGGCAGGCUAUGCCAACUACCCAGAGUCAGAUGACCGCCGCUUCCUGGGUGUCUCUGUGGUGUGCAAGGCGUUCUCGGACAAGAUCCGCGUGACUGUCGUUGACCAGAGCCAAGGAGCCGGCAACAAUGUCGCUGUCGCCUACGUGCAGGUGAAGGCCUGUUCCCUGCCGGCUGCUGCCUUCUCUCCCGGUCAGGUGUAUGGUUACAAGGCCAACAAGUACUGAUCUCCUAGACAACAAGGACACAUCUCAGAUAGUUUAUGGCACGUUGAUGAGUUUUGAGCAAAUGAAUGACAAUAAGCCAUCAUCGUGAGCCGCACACUCAUCUGACAGGGUCACGAGAUCAAAUAGUAUCACGCACUUUAGAGACUGUUUUUUUCCUAUAACUGCAUGAAAUCGUAUCUGUAAUUAACUUGAACUUUUCUUAAGUUCAAAUCAAGACCUUGACCAACGGAUCAAAUCGCAGUGUUGUAAAUUUUGUAAUAAAUGGGUCACUGUUGUGUAUUUACUGUUUUAGACUACCAGCGGUAAAUAAACUUGCUUGUAUUUGACAUUA